CGGAAUGGCAUAGGUUGCCAGGGCUGCACGAGCAGUGGAUUUUUGCUUUGUCAUUCUGACUUUGGCAGUUUGCCCGCCCCCUCAGAGCAGGGCGUGGCUUGUCGUAGCCAUUAAGAACUAGCAACCCUUUCACCUCGGUUUCCUUCAGUUCGGCCUUUGCAGCCGCGCGGAACGCGACCGCUCCUUUGCAGAAGAUCUUGAUGUCUUCAUCGUCGCAUUCAUAAGACCGCUCGCGCCUGGGAGCUGCGCUGCCGGGGUUGACCGCGGAGACCCACGCGCCGGAUGUGUUCGUGAAACAGAAAGACAGGCGGCCGCGGUGCGAUUUUGAAGGCUUAUCAGGAGGGCAGACUUCAAAAGCUACUAAAAAUGAAUGGCUCUGAGAAUCUUCCUAAGUCUUAUGACUAUGACCUUAUCAUCAUUGGAGGUGGCUCAGGAGGACUGGCAGCUGCUAAGGAGGCAGCCAAAUAUGGCAAGAGAGUGAUGGUUCUGGAUUUUGUCACUCCCACCCCUCUUGGAACUAGAUGGGGUCUUGGAGGAACAUGUGUAAAUGUGGGCUGCAUACCUAAAAAAUUAAUGCACCAAGCAGCUUUGUUAGGACAAGCCCUACAAGAUUCCCGAAACUAUGGAUGGAAAGUUGAUGAGAUGGUUAAGCAUGACUGGGAAAAAAUGACAGAAGCUGUACAGAAUCACAUCAGCUCGCUGAACUGGGGCUACCGAGUAGCUCUACGGGAGAAAAAGGUGGUCUACGAGAAUGCCUAUGGGCAAUUUAUUGGUCCCCAUAGGAUUAAGGCAACAAAUAAUAAAGGCAAAGAAAAAAUUUAUUCAGCAGAGAGAUUUCUCAUUGCCACUGGUGAAAGGCCGCGUUACUUAGGCAUCCCUGGUGACAAAGAAUACUGCAUCAGCAGUGAUGAUCUUUUCUCCUUACCUUACUGCCCGGGUAAGACCCUCGUGGUUGGAGCAUCCUAUGUUGCUUUGGAAUGUGCUGGAUUUCUCGCUGGUGUUGGUUUAGACGUCACUGUUAUGGUACGGUCCAUUCUUCUUAGAGGAUUUGACCAGGACAUGGCCAACAAAAUUGGUGAACACAUGGAAGAACAUGGCGUCAAGUUUAUAAAACAAUUUGUACCAGUCAAAGUUGAACAAAUUGAAGCAGGGACACCAGGCCGACUCAGGGUGAUAGCUCAGUCCACCCAUAGUGAGGAAACCAUUGAAGGAGAAUAUAAUACGGUAUUGCUGGCAAUAGGAAGAGACGCUUGCACAAGAAAAAUUGGCUUGCAUACUGUGGGAGUGAAGAUAAAUGAAAAAACUGGAAAAAUUCCUGUCACAGAUGAAGAGCAGACCAACGUGCCUUACAUCUAUGCCAUUGGCGAUGUGUUGGAGGGUAAGAUGGAACUCACCCCAGUAGCAAUCCAGGCAGGACGACUGCUGGCUCAGAGGCUCUAUGCUGGUUCCACUGUCAAGUGUGACUAUGAAAAUGUUCCAACAACUGUAUUUACUCCUUUGGAAUAUGGUGCUUGUGGCCUUUCUGAAGAGAAAGCUAUCGAAAAAUUUGGGGAAGAAAAUAUUGAGGUUUACCAUAGUUACUUUUGGCCGUUGGAAUGGACAGUUCCAUCAAGAGAUAACAAUAAAUGUUAUGCAAAAAUUGUCUGUAAUAUUAAAGACAACGAACGUGUUGUGGGCUUUCAUGUUCUGGGCCCAAAUGCUGGAGAAGUUACACAAGGCUUUGCAGCUGCACUCAAAUGUGGACUGACCAAAAAACAGCUGGACAGCACCAUUGGAAUCCACCCUGUCUGUGCAGAGGUCUUCACAACCCUGUCUGUGACCAAGCGCUCUGGAGGAAGCAUCCUCCAGGCUGGCUGCUGAGGUUAAGCCCCAGUGUGGAUGCUGUUGCCAAGACUCCAAACCACUGACGUGUUCCAUGCCCAAUCCAAGGCAACGUUUUCAGGAAGACUCUUAGGCUCCUGGCACCUGUGUGGCAUGUGUUUACCACCACCCUUGGAUCUCUCGGGUAGGAGUCAGUGAAUGGAAGGCAGGCAGCAUCACACUGGGGUCACUCUGACGGACUCGAAACUGACCUCAGCAGUGCAUCAAAGGGAUGCGUCCAUGAAGUCACCAGCCUCAAGCCCGUGUGGUGGGCAGUGAUGGAACAACUGCCGAAUCAGUUUCUGUGUCACCUUUCCUUUGCUGGUUUUCUUAUUUUCUUUGUCAAGCUUUCUAAUAUUGAUCGUUUUUUUCUUUUUUUCUCCAUGUGUUAAUGAUGCUAGAGAUGAAAAAUGUUAGCAAUUGAUUUUUAUGCAAAAGCAAGUCAUGGCUAGAGCAUCAGAUAAGGUGUCUCGUUGCAUAAAAGGAGUGAAUUGGCUCACUUGGAGGCAAUGUAGGCUUAGCCCAUGAAAGGGUGUUGUCUGAUGGCUGAAGUGGACUGUUUUACUUUACUGACCUGUGUUGCAGUUUCUCCUUUAAUAAGUUAUACAUGUUAUAAACAAAGAAAUCUGUGAUUGACUCUGGCCAAAUUUGCCCCCCUGUGCUGUAUCACUGAUUAUUUUAAGUUUAGGAAGGGAAAUGGCUACUUGGCCAGCCUACUUGAAGUCAUAUUCCACUGCAUGGAGCAAGUUAGUCGUGUUUGGGUCCUUCCAUUGUCCAUCAUGGAGGCAGACGUACACCUGAAAUGGAGGAAAAACAGUAAAUAGUUUACUUUAUUUAAUUUACUUUUUGUUGGCUAAGUGAGCUGAGAUUGUUUGCAAUGGAAAACACGUAACUUGUUUAAAACUCUUUGGGCUAGCUUUAUGCUAAAAACACAAAAUAUGACAGCUUUGUUUUGUGUGUGUGUGUGUGUGGUAGGGGUCUAUCCCUUCCUAAGAACUACCCUCAUAGGAAAAUAGGUCUGUUCGUGCUCAUGAUUUAAAUCUCUUGCCUUUUAAAGGAAGCUGUUAAUAUCAUAAGUUAUUAUUAUUAAACACAGGUGGAUAUGAAGGAUUUUCACUUAAAAACCAAGUGGUUUUGACUUUUUCUGUUCAAGGAAUGAAUGAUGGAGUGUUUGCAGAAGUGUUUAUGCUCUGUUAUUACUCCAACUUGUAUUGUUAUAAAGAUGUAUUAACUCCUCGGUUCCAAACCUUUGCACAGAAAUAUGUAAGUUGAGUUUUGAACAUGUGUUGAGGACAUAGGGCCUCCUGCCAGCCGUUCUUAUAGCUCCUUUUCCAUUCCAUUCCCUCCACCUGUGUUAUUUCUCAGCUACAGCACUGAGUGGUUGCUUCAAAGUAUAUUUCUGGGCCACCUCAGGGAACCCAGGUGUCUUCUUGGCAUGUAGUCAACAGAGCACCUGACCCUGUCCCACAGGGCUCUGCCUCAUGUCCUCAGCCCAUCUAGUUAUCUGAAGAAAAUGGGCAAAGGGAAAGAGGUGAAGGGAAUCGAGGCAGUUAACUAUUGUUGUUACUGAUUUUGUUGAUUUGUUUCUUUCUCCAAAUCUGCCAAUCUCUGAAAUUAAAACAACAGGCAGCGUGAGAUAUCUUGCCUAAUCAUGUUGUGAUUCUCUCUUCUUAGUGGAGUGGAAUGUUCUGUGCCACAAGAAGGGUUAUACUUUAUAGACUUGUUUAGAUUCUGUAAUUACCCACUGUAUUGAAACACAUACUAAAUUCCAUGUAUUUUUCUUACAAAUCUUCUGAAAAACAAAAAUGUGAAACAUUAAAAGGUUUUAAUAUCCGUA